AUGGCUCAACCCUCUUGCUGGUUCUGCUGCUCCAGGCUCACCCCGCUGCUGGCGCUGUUGGCGUUGCUGACACGACCAGCUCUGGGCCGGGGCGGCCGGGAUCACGGGGACUGGGACGCGGCUCCGCAGUCGCCGCUGCCACCCCACGAAGACGCAGCGCGUGUGGCCCGCUUCGUGGCGCACGUCUGCGACUGGGGCGCACUGGGCACCAUCUCCACGGUGCCGGCGGUGCGCGGCCGGCCCUUUGCCAAUGUCUUCUCGCUCAGCGACGGGCCGCCCGGCGCGGGCAAAGGCGUACCCUACUUCUACCUGAGCCCGAUGCAGCUCUCCGUGGCUGACUUGCAGGUUAAUCCAUAUGCCACGCUGACAAUGUCUUUGGCACAGACGAACUUCUGCAGGAAGCGUGGGUAUGAUCCCCAGAGCCCACUCUGUGCUCACAUAAUGCUGUCAGGCACUGUUACCAAGGUGGACGACACAGAAAUGGAAUUUGCAAAGGAUUCGUUGUUCACGCGACAUCCUGAGAUGACGACCUGGCCUUCUGACCAUAACUGGUUCGUUGCUAAACUGAAUAUAACCAAUAUCUGGGUCCUGGACUACUACGGUGGAGCGAAGAUAGUGACGCCUGAAGAAUACUUUAAUGUCGAACUUCAGUAA